AUGUUUGGUAUGAAUUUAAAAGACGUAUUAGGACCAUUUAGCAUUGAUGAUGGAGCUUCUUGGAAUGAUGCCGCGCAAGGUGGUCGCUAUUCCCGGGACUUCUUUAAUAGAUAUGGUGAUCUGAGGCACAUUCGAAGGUUGCGUUUCUGGCCCUUGAAUAAGGUUCUCGUGGAGAAGUAUGAAUUUAGUGAGCAAGAUGCAAAUGAAAUGACAGAAUUCUUGAUUCCUAUCCUUGAUUUUGUCCCUGAUAAACGGCCGACUGCAGCUCGGUGUCUUCUUCAUCCAUGGAUUAAUGCAGGCCCUAAUGUCUUAGAGCCGUCUCUACCGUCUAGUCAAAACCAAGCUUUGGAUAGUCUAAAUUCAGAGAAGAAGAAGAGGGAGAAAGAUGAGAGGGAGGCAAUGGAGAUUGGACUGGGGAAUAUAGCUAUCAAUGUAGAAUCUGAAGGAGUUAAAGAUCCUACAUCCAGUAGUGUAAAAUUAUCCCAAGCAGCUACAAGUAGUUCAUCUAGUAAUGGGUUGAGCGGAAGAUGUGACUGGAUCGAGCUGGGUGGAUGGCAGCCUAUUGCUUAUGGAAGCAGAAGUAACGGGCUGGGUGUGACUGGGAUGUGGCGCAGUCUGGUCACUCGAGGGAAGAGUAUUGGGCCGAAUGAGAGGAGGAGCUACAGAGCGAGUUUCAGCAGGUGGUGUGGACAGAUUGGGAAAAUGCAAGUCCAGGCCUUCUCUUAG